CGACAGCAGCACUGAGAGUGCAGAGGAGAGAGAUGCAGGAGAGAGUCCUGUGGCUCGGAGCUGGGUGUGGGAGCUAGUCCAAGUGCAGUGACAAUGUUCAGCCGCACUCCAGUGGCUCUGACCCUGCCUCUUCUGCUGAUUUCUGCAGCAGCUGUUCCCCCGACACAAAUUCAGAUCAGCCAAGAGCUGCCUCUGCGUCUCACUGGAGGGAUCCCUGCUUAUUCCUGCCCACUCUUCUGGACUGAAUUCAAUGGAUAUUGUUUCCGCUUCUUUCCCGAGACCAAGAGUUGGGCUGAAGCUGACCUUUACUGCGCUGAAUUUUCAAAUGGAUUCAGAUCAGCUAAAUUAGCCUCAAUCCACAGCUGGGAAGAGAAUGUCUUUGUUUAUGACUUAGUUAACAGUCGCGUACCUGGAAUACCAACUGAUAUUUGGAUAGGUCUCCAUGAUCGGAGAAUGGAAGGGGAUUUUGAAUGGACUGAUGGAACAACGUAUGACUAUAAUUAUUGGGAUCGCAACCAACCUGAUGAUGGAACCCACCUGACAGAGGAGGAGGAAGAUUGCGGCCAGAUAUGGUUCCGGCAAAGCAGUGCUCUCCGAUCCUGGAAUGACAAUCGCUGCAGUCGGGAAUUUCCAUUUGUUUGUAAAAUUCCUUCCCUGGAGAACAAUUAAUUAUCAGGAGUGCCUUGGGCUGUUUGGAUUUCAGUUUGAAGUGAAUUUCUCUGGAUCUAAUAGCCUCGAAACUCAAACAUUCGAAAGCAACUGAGCAAAACAACUUUCCAAAGUUCUCAUCAAAGCGCUACACCAUUUAGUGCCAAUAUUGACUUCUCUGAGUUAAAAGAAAAGGCCAUUGGCUCAUAUUGUGGCCUUUUUACUUUCAAUCUUCAAUUAAUCAUCAUCUUUUUGAUAAGUAGCAUGAUUGCAUUGUGUAUAACAUAGCACCGAACAUUAAUAUUCUCAAAUCGACUUUCUGUUCCAACGUAUGGUCAUUGUUUUUGAUUGAUUGAUCAAAUUGGUUUCCAAGAAUGUAUUAGUUUGAGAUUUGUCAUGUAUAUUUGUCUUAUGUUAGAUCAUUUAGUCAUAAACCUCUCAAAUAUGUGUUUUUUUCUGAUUUAACAAGAGCUCAGAAAUAGAUGCUUUUAAUUUUGCAUUGCUGUUUACAUUUCAGCACAUUAGUAGAAUGUUACAUUUUAUUUCAUUUUCAGUAUAAUUGUAUUUUUAAUCUUAUCACAAUUUCCCGCCUUCCACUUAUUUGCCCCAGGAAGUUGCCUGAACAAGUUGUUCACUUGGGUCUCCAUCUUGCCCCGGAUCCUCCCACCUGCUCAUCCCACUGAAUGGCGGUCAAGUUCCCUUUGAAGGCUCAUUGGUAUCGUUCAUGGUUCUUUCUGCUUAGCUCACCUCCAGUUUUAUUCAGUUCAGGCAGCAUCCAAGGAGCUUCGAAAUCUUCUCAGAUGCUGCCGGAACUGCUGUGCUCUUCCAGCAGCACUAACCCAGAAUCUGGUUUCCAGCAUCUGCAGGCAUUGUUUUUACCUCCUGUUUUAUUCAACUUUCUUUACUCCACUAAGACUAAUAAAGCAAAUAGUUGCACAUCAAAGCAAUACAUCUUGUUUCCUUCUCAAUCAUCUCUGUCCAUCCCAUUCCCAAUCUCUAACAUCCCUGUCCAUCCCAUUCCCAAUCUCUAACAUCCCUGUCCAGGGUGUUCCCAAUCUCUAACAUCUCUGUCCAUCCAAUUCUCAAUCUCUA